UCCCAUCCCCAGAGUGCGCCCAGCGAAGUGCGGGGCGGCUGGUGGGGAUCCCCGCCCCGCUCCGCCGGCAUCACAUGGUGCUGGGGGCGGGAGGGGGGGAGCCGCCCCCCAGCCCUCGCUUUCUCCUACAGUUUCUUUCAGUCUCAGCGCUCAACUCCGGCGAGGCUGGAGCGCGGCGCGGGGCUGGGCAGAGCGGGAGCCGGGCGGGCUCCGCCGCCUGCUCCCGGGGCGCCGCUCCCGCAGCGGAGGCGGCGGGGAAGCGGCACAAGUGCGCGGCGUCUCCGCUUCUUCCCUGCUUCUGAUGCCCCUUCGCGACUGCACGCCAGCCCGGCGGCCGCGGCUACGGGAGGAUGCGGCUUUCCCUCCUCGCUGCAACUUUCUGGGGAUUGUGCCUGGCUCCAGGUUUGGCCUUGCAAAUACAGUGUUACCAGUGUGAGGAGUUCCAGCUAAAUAAUGACUGCUCUUCUCCAGAGUUCAUUGUGAAUUGUACAGUGAAUGUUCAAGAUAUGUGUCAGAAAGAAGUAAUGGAAAAAAGUUUUGGAAUCAUGUACCGCAAGUCCUGCGCGUCUUCAGCCGCGUGUCUGAUCGCCUCUGCUGGGUACCAGUCCUUCUGUUCUCCAGGGAAGGUGAACUCUGUUUGCAUCAGCUGCUGCAACACUCCGCUCUGCAAUGGACCCCGGCCGAAGAAGAGGGGGAAUUCUGCUGUGGUGCCAAGGGCACAAGUGAUAACCACUGUUCUGCUUCUUAAAUUUACUCUGUUGUUUUUGUAUUGCUAAACUUCAAGCAAGUUUGGUGGUUUGUUGUUUGUUGUUUUUUUUUUUGCCCUGACACAGUUUGUUCUGUCUCCUCCUUUCUUCAAAGACACUGCAAUUAUUUUCUGUUUGUUUCCAAAUCCCUGUCAACAGCGAGGGAAGUUCAGUGGUUGUGUGGAGAGAGGGGCUGAUAUUUUUGGCAGCUAAUGAGUUCAGUUAGCAGAUUGAAUUUCCAGUGUGUGCUUAAAAAUCCCAGCAGGAUACAGAACUCCUGCUCUUUUUGCAUAACUGGAAACAAACCCAUCUGUGUUAUUCCUUUUGAGAUGUAGUCACUUUCCUGGGUCAUUUUAAUUUCUGUGGUUUUUUAAGUUCAUUGCUAAUCAUUAACUUUGCCUUAUGAAGUCAUACUUGAUGUUCACAAAGGCCGUUCUGUGCAUCUGGACCAUGCUCUGAGCUAGUCUUGAGGGACACUGCUUCCAGGCUGGGCUCUGGUGAUUCAGGACCUGGCUUCUGUGGACUGCAGUCAGGCGUGGGCUCUUUCUGGAAGGUGCUUAGGAAAACUUUGGUGUUGCCCUUGGUGGAAGAAUUGCGCCUCGACGACAUGAAGAGCAGCGGGCGUAGGGACCGGCUGCUCUGCGCUCUGGAGCUCUGGUUGGCUCUGAGGAACUUCUCCCUGUUGGCGUGUUGGAUGGUCAGGCGGCAGCGCAGGAUCUGCAGGAACACACUGCGGAACUGCUGCGAGGAGAUGUUGUACAGGAGGGGGUUCACCACCGAGCUGAGGUAGAAGAAGGUGUCGGCGAUGGGAAGGAGUGUGAUGUACGCUCUGAAGUAGAGGACAGUCCAGUCCUGCUUCGGUUUAGCAGCUGCCAUGAUCCUUCUCACCUGGUUUGGCAUCCAGCAUAUCGCCAGAGUGGCAAUGAUCAACCCUGCGAGCAGGAAGAGGAAGAAAGAGGUGUGCAUACAUGGAGGAAAACACAUAAAAUACUAUCAGUUCUGCACUUACUUGUUAGGAAAUAGUACCAAUUUUUCAGUGUUUGCUUGACAGCUUUUUCUGCCGGUAGCACUUUUUUGUUUGUUAUUUUUAAUAACUGUUACAAGGUCAUUGCAACACAUGCUCUGACAAAAGGCCACAUAGUGCUUGGGUAGUGUUUCUUUGUACCUGUUGUCAUUUUUUAGUUUUCAAAGUGUUCAUUCUCUGAUCAUCUGUAUCUUUGAAAAGAAUGUAUUUUAUUUUGGUUUUUGGUCUUACAUUUCUUAUGUCUUUCCCUUUACUUUGAAAAACAAACAAAAUAAAUAGAACUUAUAGCCAUAUUAGAUCAGGCAAUACCCAGAAGAGAUCAGAUUCUUGUUUGUACUUUACAAAAAAGAAAAUGUAUGCAUAAUAAUAUAUUUCGUGUUAUUUUGGUAGAUUUCCUCUUACAGAAGCUAUUUUUAAGUAAAAUAUGUAUGGAUCUUUUUAUGGUAAUUAAGAUAUGUUGGGCUUUCUUAAAAAUCAAAUUCCAGUGGAAUUAAAUGAUGAAUGUAAAUGAGAAAAACCUAAACCUAGUCAUGAAAGUGUAAGCAGUUUCAGAUUAUAAAUUAUGCUUAAAAAUGUGAUAUCAGACCAUUUUGUAUUUAUAUGUAAAUAUAAAUACAUGUUGCUGCAUCACUAAUGGCAUUAAAAAGAGGGUGACUGAAGUGCUGGGUGUCUAAAAGUUCUGCCUGUGUGGAGCGGUGUUCAGUAGCGUGCAGUGGUGGUGCCAUCGUCAGAGCAGCAGCCCUGCAGAAACAUAUCAGUGACUUGAGGCGGCUCUUCCCAGGCAGGAGAUGGAGCAGCGACAAGAAACCUGGAUCCUCGAUGGCAUCCUCACUGCUGGUGUGUGUCAGUACUGGAAAUCCUGACACCUUGCAGGAGAUACCAGGUACACAAAGUAAUUCCUCUCACUGCACCCCCACUACUGGCACACAAUGCAGCCACCUGUUUAAUGUCCCCACUUUGUUUUUCUCUUUGCAGGAAAUGUGCCUUACAGGAACACUUGGAGGGAGCAGAAGGUGCAGGCUGGCUUCUUCCCUGUUGCAGGCACACAGAACUGAUGGGAUAGUUCUUACUUGCACAGACUUGUGUUACAUUGCUAAUCUCAUCCAAUGUCUGACCUCUGCUCUCAACAGCAGCACAGAAGCAUUUUAAUUCUUACUCGUCUAGACUGAGUCAGAUUGCCCCCACUGAACAGGUCAGUGUUGGAAUGCCGUUCUGAAAUAGCACACACUGACUUUUGAAGCCAGGAAAAUGAUACUUCUCUAGUGGGAAGAUAUGAAUGUAGCAGGGAAGGGAGAUAGAAAAGAGAAGAAAGAUUUUUCACAACUUUGAAACUACCAGAGCCUCAUCAGAGUAUGUCCUAAGUUCUCUCCACCACCACUCCCAAGCAAAGAAAAGGUAUGAAACGCCUUUAAAAAAAUAUUUUGCUAAUGAAAGCAAUAAUUAUUUCAACAAAUUCAUUAUCUCCCUGAAUGAGCUACCCAAUAAAAGUUUUCCUUUUGAUCCCUUGCUUCUGUAAUCACUUAAUGGUACAAUAACUUUGGUGGGACGGGGCAGGAGUGCAUCUUAAACUACAACACUGGAUUAAGAGCCCCAAAGGGCUGUUGUUGGCAGGCCAGUGGUAAAUGUGUUACUUUUGCCAUUUUCUAUUCUUUGCCUAUGAGAACUUCCCUCAGCCACUGUUUCUUUACUCUCAUUUCCACACAACCCCCUCCCUGCCCCUUUGCUUGCUCUUCCCCUGCUGCCUUGCCUCACACUUUUCAGUACCUAUUGUGUCUCUGUCAAAGGUUGAUCUGAAUUUUGUAUUAGUCCUGCAAAUUUUGUAGCCUUCAAUGCUUUUUCCCUGCUGUCAGCAUAAUAAAUAUGGGGUAGCAGUCUUGGCACAGACAAACAGAAAAUAAUGCCCCCUGAGCAAUGACUUGUGAUGGGCCUUAUAAAAAGGCAGCAAAAGGAUUCUGCUGCUCCCAUGGGGCUUUUUUUCUGGUGCAACUUAAAUGCCAAGUUCACAAACCCACAUCUGCAGACUUCUUGUCAAAUUUUGCCAGAUGAUCUCUUUCAAGGGAAAUGAAAAUAUGCUGUGUCAUUUUUGUUGUUGUUGUUGUUGUUCUUGGUUAGAAACAGGGUACUUCAUCAUGCUGAUUAAUAGUUUCCUAAAUUAUGAAUGCUGCUGUGAAAAAAACUGUGAACAAACAAUGAGUACAUUCAGUUUUAAAGCU